GGCGCCUUUCUAGCGAGUGCCGAUGAAUCACUUAUGCUCUCCACGUUUAGCUCUGUCGCGUCGGGCUUUAAUCUGCUGUCCGAGGGCUCGUGGCUAUUGGUGGCGUAUAAUUUAGGGUAUUGCAUGGCCUUGCCGGUAUAUGGCCGUUUAAGCAGCGUGUACAGUCGUAAGAACAUUCUUUUGUUCUCGUAUGGUUUAUUCAUGCUGGCCAGUCUUGCUUGCGGUGCCAGUCCGUCAUUCUACUGGUUAGUUUUAGCAAGAGCGGUCGCAGGGCUCAGUGGUGCAGGAAUGGUUUUGCUCGUCUCGAUCGUGAUCAGCGAUGUUAUGCCGCCAGAAGACGUGGCAGUCUAUCGAAGCUAUGAGAACUUGACCUGCAUGGUAGGCCGCAGCUUCGGAGCUCCUAUCGGCGGGUUUCUUCUAGACACCGUCGGUUGGAGAUGGUCAUUUUAUGGCCAAAUCCCACUGGCGUUGAUCUGCACGUUGUUUGUAGCUCUCACCCUGCCGAGGUCGAUGGGUAAAGCAGCUUCGUCACAGAAGAUACCAGCAUCAGAUGAUGGAAUUUGGCAGAUUGACUUUGCCGGGCUGUUUAGUCUUGCUUGUACGAUUCUGUCGCUUUUAUUCCUGCUCCAGACAGCUGGGGCGCAGACAGUCGAUCAUCCCGAGUGGGUGCAUAUCGCUAUGCUCGUAUUCGUGGUCUCGCUCGUCGCAUUCAUCGCGAUAGAGUGUCUGUGGGCACGAGAACCUUUAAUCCCAAUGGACCUGAUGGGAAAGGCCUUUGGCGUCUAUUGCCUUGGGCAGGUAUUGCUAGUGAUGGGCCGUUCUGGGGUUUUGAGCAAUCUUGCACCGUACUUCAUUCGCGUUGAGAAUACAUCGGACCUCGAGGCGGCAUCGCUGACCGUCUUUUGGCUCUUGGGGUUGUCUGUUGGGGGAAUAGUCUCUGGUCAUAUUAUCAAGAGAACACAAAGAUACAAGAACAUGACUCUCAUAGCACUGGGAUUCUGUAUAAUGGUGAACCUGGCCAUCUCCGUUCAAUGGCGGGACGGCUGUACCAUCUGGGAGGCCCUGAUACUAUUCCCUCUGGGCGCCACAUUGGGUAUUUUCUACUCGACGCAGUUCAUUGGCAUGUCCGCUAGUUUGCCUAAGAACCGACAAGCGGCGUGCUUUGGAGCGUUUUUCUUAUGCCAGCAGCUUGGGUUUAUUACCGGGCCUGCUGCUGGUUUGGCUCUGGUGCAAGCUAUCUUUGACCACAGUCUCGAGAAUAACUUGCUGGAUAGUCCGAGGAAAGAGCUGGUCAUUGGGAAGAUUCUCGAUGAUUCCCGAUUCUCCAAGAGACUGCCUGAGCCGAUGCAAGAGGUUGUACGAGCUAGCUAUCUCUAUGCCUUUCAAUUUGCACCCUGUAAGUUAUCUACCCUGGGAAGUUGGAUGUGUGGUUGA